AAACUCUUGACUCUUGAUUGCCAUUGCGCUCAUGGCGGACAUGGAAACGAUCACUUUAGGGAUUUGCUGUAUGAACAGCAAGUUGACUGGAAAACCGAUGCAAGCCAUUCUCCGACGGUUGAAGCAAUGCGGGGACUUGGAACUGAUCGAAUUCCCUGAAGAUGACAUUUUAGAGAAACCUGUGGAGGAAUGGCCGGAGGUCAGAUGCCUUAUUGCCUUCGAAUCUAAAGGUUUCCCACUUCAAAAAUGCAUCGAGUAUUGCAACCUGAGAUCACCCACUUGUAUCAACAACGUGGAGGCACAGAUCAUCCUUGAGAGCCGGUGUCAAGUGUACAACAUGCUCACUGCAUGGUGCAUACCAUGUCCAGACCAUAUUAUAGUGGAACAUGACCAAGUUGCUCCGCAGGGGCCGAAUGUGCUCCAAGAGCAUGAUAAUUUCAUCGUUUUCAAUGGAAAGAAAAUUGAAAAACCCUUUGUCGAAAAACCUGAAGAUGCCAACAGGCAUGACAUUUACAUUUAUUAUCCGCGCAGCCUUGGGGGUGGUGCAAAGAAGCUUUUCCGCAAGGUGAAAGAUAAAUCUAGUGAAUUUGACCCUAAACAGAACUCCAUCCGUCGAGAUGGCACCUACAUUUACGAGCCCUUCUUGACCACAUCAGGCACGGACAUAAAGGUCUACACAUGUGGUGCGAGCUAUGUCCAUGCCGAGGCGCGCAAGGCGCCCACCGUAGACGGCAAAGUCAUCCGUGCGAAGGAUGGGAAAGAAGUGAGAUAUCCGGUAGUUUUAUCACAUGGAGAAAAGAUGAUUGCUGCCUUUAUCGUUAAGGCGUUUAGGCAGAACGUCUGUGGCUUCGAUAUUUUAAGAACAGCCAAUGGGUCCUUUGUGUGUGACGUGAAUGGCUGGUCCUUCGUGAAGGGAAAUCAAAAGUACUACAACGACUGCGCGUCAUUGAUCAGACAGCACCUUCUGGUGGAGUGUGGCAUGAGAUGUAAAGAUGAGCCGGUUGAACUUCUCAAAGCACCAAGCAACGAGGAGCUGGACAAAGGAAUCGACGUCUCCAACUCCUUUUGCUUCGACCACAGCACGGCCGAGGCCAGCGAGUGGAACCUGAGGUCGGUCUUUGUAGUGAUGCGGCACGGAGACAGGCGGCCGAAAGAAAAGCAGAAGUUCAAGACGCGUCAGGAGGUCUUUUUGAAGUACUUCAAGAACAAAAGCGACACCGAGGUGAAGCUGAAGACACCUGAAGAGCUGGAACAGUUAAAAGAUGCGCUGUUGAAGACCAUGAAGAGUAUUUCAGAUUCAAUGUCCCACAUGCGCAGUGACAUCAAGGAGCGUCCAGGUGCAGGGUGCUGUAGCUCUUGGGCGUGGAUCCACAACUAUUUCUGGCCAGUUGAGAAAGUCGAUGAUGAGCAGCUGAAUUUGAAAGAGUUGGAGUCAGACUUCAACAACUUGGAACUGAUGAUUCCGGUCCUUUCCAUGCAGGAACGGUUCUCUGGCUUUGAGAGAAAGAUUCAGAUUAAGGCAACGAAGUUCAAGGGGAACAAGGUGCGGGAAGUCCAGGUCAUCGUCAAGUGGGGUGGUGAGUUGACGGUUGGAGGUCUGCAGCGCGCGGAAUCUCUCGGCCGGAUGUUACGAGAGCAGCUCUACUUUGAGGACCCUGCGGGCCUGCUGCGCCUGCACUCUUCUUUUCGGCAUGAUUUCAAGAUCUACUCUUCUCAGGAGGGGCGAUGCCUUAUCACCGCUGCAGCCUUUACCAAGGGCUUUCUGGAGCUGGACGGAGAUAUCAUCCCCAUCUUGGUGAGCCUGGUACACUCGGAAGGUUAUGGCCAGGCUGUCCUUGAUGAGCCGAUCCCAAAGAAGGUUCGGACCAGCGUCAAGGAACAGAUCGAGGAUAUCGUGACAACAGAUCAGGACAUGUCAGAGCAGAUGAUUGCCAGAAGAUGUCCUCCCACCAGCCUUGCACUGCGCAGCUGUGUAGAGAAGAUCGGAAAUCCGUUGAAGCUUUUGUAUCGCAUCAAGGAGUUGGCUGAGGAGUACAUCCUCUCAAUUUCAGCUGCAAUGAAAAGAUGUGAGCAACGGAAUUUUGAUCCUGAAGACGAAGCUCAUGAUGAUGCUGUUCAUUUGUCAGAUAUGCGAGGUUCGGUACCAGACCCAAUGAUUCCGUUUGAUCUGGAAGAAUCCUCCAAGCGGAUGUAUCUGCAUUUGCGCCGAAAAGAGAAUCGGUGGAAGAAGCUCUACAGCGGGUUUGUGCGCAAGGACAAAAAGGGCAAGAGCAUGUUCGACACCAGCAAGAUCCCGGAUAUUUGGGACAACCUUUACUAUGAUCUCAUCACCCACAGGAACUACUUGGGUGCCGAGUCGGUCGAAAUCGCAGAGAAGAUGGUAGGUUUGGUUGAACCGCUGGCGGAAUGGAUAGCUGACUCUGAGUAUGGAAUCACAGAGGAGGAGAAGGUUCGCAUUGGCAUGGCUGUGAGUUGGAGAUUGAUUGGAAAGUGCCUCCAAGAACUCGAGCAUUGCAAUGCAGACUGCAAACCCGGGCUGCCUUUGGACAAGCCCGGCUUUGCACGGCGCAUGCUGAGUCGAGUAAUUUCCAACCCUCCUGGUGGCGGCGGGCUCCUCGAGGAGCCGAUUCGCAGCACCUCUCCAACCACACCAAAGAGAGAGCAUCGCCGAGAGAGCCUGGCGGACGGUGGUGGGAAAGAAUGGCGAGAAAUGGCCGCUUCCUCCAUCGCAAGCUCAAAGCCGAACUCUCCUCCACCGGCGGACAUCGCACAGAUGCCGGUCGAGGAAGGAGAAAUCUCGGUCAUGUCAGUACCUUCGGAGAAAUCUGAAGUUGACUUCACCUCGAAGUCUCUGAAGCGCUUGACGCCGGAGAUGAGACAAAACAUCACCAGAUCUUUGCGUGAUGACUCAGACUGGCAUCCGCAAGUGCAACAGGAGGUGCACAAAAUGGCUGGAUUAGAGGUUGACAUGGUGCGGUCUAGAGUUUUUAUCACCUCGGCCUCUACCAUGCACUCUUUGCUGAAUGUGCUGCGAUACGGUGAAGGAAAGCUGGCUCGUGAGGGUGAUCGUGUUAUCGACCUCAACUACUUGUCGCAUAUAGUGAUCCGCUGCUACCAGCGCAACAACCACAAUCGCAAGCGAGGCAAAGGUGACUUCCGUGUGGAGAUUCACUUCUCUCCAGGCGUACAGGUGAAUGGCCAGUCGAACUGGACAGAAGGGAGUGCCUACGUGGAAGAGAAUUGUUCAGUGGCACCCCUACAGCUCUUGGGCGAUCGAAAGCUGGAGGAGGUGGAGAAGGCCCUGAGUGCGCUGAUCUCGUCGUUUGCAGAUGGCGCAGAGGGGCACCAGGAAAAUGGCACAGAUGAGUCUCAUUGAGACUGAAAUUGAUGCAAGAUUGCAGAUGUUGUUCAAGAUGAGCAAUGUCUUGCAAGCGAACAGAUGUGAUUUUCCGAAAGCAACGUUGCUCAGCCUUGUCUUCCCAAAGUGGCCUUUGCAAACUUUUGAAAACACGUAGCUUGAGCAACGAUCAAGAUGGACGGGCUGUUGAAGCCAUUCAAAUCUGUUAAGGCUCCCAAGGCCCACUUUGUGCAGAGUUGACCUCCAAAUUAUGACUUUGAAGCGGCCAUAGCUGUCUAAAGUUGUGGCUAAGGGUGGAGCUCAAUGUCAUUGCUUUGCCAAAGAAACCACUGAACAUCACUGCCUGGAGCACAAGAUGUGAAAAGAGUCUGUUUGGACUGCCUUUCGUUGCGAGUCAACGGAUGCAGAAUGCCUCAAGCAAUUGUUGUUUCUGUUCUCCUUUUUUGGUCUAUUU